UCUGUACCACCACGUUGGUGCCAGACUUAAUGGAAAUCCUUUAUUUUUUCCUUAUGUUUUCAGAUGAACUCACUGCAGAGCUUGAGCACUACAAAGCAAAAGCAAGAAAAUGUUUUGAGGAACACAGAAGAAGCGAAGAAAAGUUGGUAAACGUGACUCUGGACCCAGAGACGGCCCACCCUCGCCUCAUCCUCUCCGAGGACCAGAAGAGUGUCCGAUGGGAAUACAGCCUGCAGGAAUCCCCCGACGGCCCCGAGCGCUUCGACGCCGAUCCCUGCGUGCUGGGCUGUGAAACCUUCACCUCUGGGAGGCACUGCUGGGUGGUGGAUCUCACAGAAGGGCAGUACUGCGCCGUUGGGGUCAGCAGGGAGUCCGUUCCGAGGAAAGGAGCCACCAGCUUUAACCCUGAUGAAGGGAUCUGGGCUGUGCAGCAAUGGGGGUUCAAGAACAGAGCCCUCACCUCCCCUCCGACCCCACUGAACCUCCCAAGGGUUCCCAAAAAGAUCCGCAUCUCUCUGGACUACGAAUGGGGUGAGGUGGCGUUUUUUGAUGCGGAGAACCAAAUCCCCAUCUUCACUUUUCCUCUGACCUCCUUCGGUGGGGAGCGGCUCCGGCCGUGGUUCUGGGUGGAGCUGGGCUCUCUCUCAUUGCCCCGAUAACCCCGGAAUCCCUGGAGGUGCCUUACAGCAGCUCUUCGAAACCAGGGUGGAAAAACUCUCAGGAAAAAGCAGCAUCAAAACCUCAUUCUCCCCCUUCCCAAUCAACCGUCGUCACGCAAAGGAAAGAAAAUUCAUCCUCAACACCAUCAGCAUCCUCCGUGUGUCAUGUCUGGUGGUCCCCAUUGACGUAUGGGGUGGCUCCUGUUGGUGUCUGGUGGCCCCUACUGACAUGAGGUGGCCCCCAUUGACAUAAAAUGGCCUCUGUUGACAUGAGGUGGCCCCCACUGAUGUAUGGUGGCCCCCCAUUGACAUGAGGUGGUCCCAAUUGAUACAAGGUAGCCUCCAUUGACAUGAGGUGGCCCCCAUUGAUCUAUGGUGGCCCCCAUUGACAUAUGGGGUGGCUCCUGUUGGUGUCUGGUGCCCCCUCUUGACAUGAGGUGGCCCCCACUGACGUAUGGUGUCUCCCAUUGAUGUAUGGGGUGGCUCCUGUUGAUGUCUGGUGCCCCCUAUUGACAUGAGGUGGCCCCCACUGACAUGAGGUGGCUCCCAUUGAUGUAUGGGGUGGCUCCUGUUGGUGUCCGGUGCCCCCCCAUUGAGGUGAGGUGGCCCCCAUUGACAUGAAGUGACCCCCCCAUUGACGUAUGGUGGCCCCCAUUGACAUGAGGCGGCCUCUAUUAACAUAUAGGGUGGCUCCUAUUGGUGUCUGGUGGCCCCUCAUUGACAUGAGGCGGCCUCUAUUGACAUAUAGAAUGGCUCCUGUUGAUGUCUGGUGCCCCCCCAUUGACAUAGGGUGGCCCCUAUAACCAGCCCCUGGAUCCAAUGCCUCCUGAAUGCAGUUCCAACCUCUAGGGACAUUAAACAACCCAUAGAGAGGAUGGGGUCCUCUUUGGUCUGAUGGAGAGAGGUGGGCACCAGCGUAAGUUGCUGCCUACAUCACCACUGGUGUUUUGUCUCAGCAGCUGGUGUAAAUUUCUGCCACGUGGGGUUUUCUGUAGUAAGCAAAGAAGCUCUGCUGGUGGGCAGCUUGUCUCCUCUCUUUUUGCAAAAAGCAAAAUACAAUACAUGCACCCCGCUAUCCACGUGGCCAUCUCUCUCCAUCAGCUGUUGAAGGAGAAAUCUGUGCUCAGAAGAGAUGAAAUUGGGCUGAGAUUUGGCUUGGGAAGAUGAUCUGGUUCCAACCAGAGUCCAGGAGACUUUGGGGAAUGCAUGAGUCCUAUGGGAGAAUGGAUAACCCUUCAUCCAAGAGCAAGCUGGCACGAUGCUCUGGGGUGAAAACCCAUAACGCCACGUAGUUUUAAGGUUUGGGGUGACUUACACUCUGCAGCUGUGCUUCCAGCAAGGCAUUGGGAGCCCUAAACCCAUGGAGAAGUCAAACCUGUGCUUGAAUCCAUUGUGGGCCCAGCUGCAAUGGGAAGCAGGCAAUUAUGGACAUCACUGAAGUCACCCCAAGCUUUGGGGAACUUUGGUUUUCACCUUUCGCUGCACUUUAAUAGAAUUUCUUGUCAAUGUCUGCGUGUUCUUGGCCACCUGUUUAAAAAAAUAAUGAUUAAAUCUUGGCUUUUGCCCCAUUUUGGGAUGGGCAGCUGGUGGUUCCCAGCUCACAAUAAACCACUUGAGACUCUCCAGAGA